AUGGGGCGGAAGAAAAUACAAAUCACGCGCAUAAUGGAUGAAAGGAACCGACAGGUCACCUUCACGAAGAGGAAGUUCGGGCUGAUGAAGAAGGCCUACGAGCUCAGCGUGCUGUGCGACUGCGAGAUCGCGCUCAUCAUCUUCAACAGCUCCAACAAGCUGUUCCAGUACGCCAGCACGGACAUGGACAAGGUGCUGCUCAAGUACACGGAGUACAACGAGCCGCACGAGAGCCGCACCAACUCCGACAUCGUCGAGACGUUAAGAAAGAAAGGCCUUAAUGGUUGUGAGAGCCCUGAUGCUGACGAUUACUUUGAGCACAGUCCACUCUCGGAGGACAGAUUCAGCAAACUAACUGAAGAGAGUGAUUUUAUUUUCAAGCGAGGCCCUCCCGCGCUGCCGCCUCAGAACUUCUCCAUGUCCGUCACCGUCCCCGUGAGCAGCCCCAACGCCCUGUCCUACCCCAGCCCCGGGAGCUCCCUGGUGUCCCCGGCCGUGGCGGCCGGCUCGGCGCUGGCAGACUCGGGCAUGCUCUCGCCGCCGCAGGCCGCGCUGCACCGGACCGUGUCCCCCGGCGCCCCGCAGCGGCCGCCCAGCACCGGCAGUGCGGGUGGGAUGCUGAGCUCGGCGGACCUCACGGUGCCCAAUGGAGCUGGGAGCAGCCCCGUCGGUGGCGGCAGCCUGGGCAUGAACAGCCGGAAGCCGGACCUGCGCGUUGUCAUCCCUCCGUCCAGCAAGGGCAUGAUGCCCCCCCUGAGCGCGCAGCGGAUCGGCAGCUCGCAGGCCUCCCAGCCCCUCGCCACCCCCGUGGUGUCCGUGACGACGCCCAGCCUGCCCCCGCAGGGGCUCGUGUACUCGGCCAUGCCCACCGCCUACAACACGGACUACUCGCUGACCAGCGCGGACCUGUCGGCCCUGCAGGGCUUCAACUCGCCGGGCAUGCUGUCCCUGGGCCCCGUGUCCGCCUGGCAGCAGCACCACCUGGGCCCGGCCGCCCUCAGCUCCCUGGUGUCCGGCGCGCAGCUCUCUCAGGGUUCCAGCCUCUCCGUCACCAACCAGAACGUCAGCAUCAAGUCGGAGCCUGUCUCGCCGCCUCGGGACCGCGUGACGCCCUCGGGCUUCCAGCAGCAGCCGCCGCCGCCCGCCCAGCCCCCCGCGCAGCCCCGGCAGGAAGUGGGGCGCUCCCCCGUGGACAGCCUGAGCAGCUCCAGCAGCUCCUACGACGGCAGCGACCGGGAGGACCCGCGGGGGGACUUCCUCUCCCCGGUGGCGCUGGGCCGGCCCCCCAACCCCGAGGACAGAGAGAGCCCGUCCGGGAAGCGCAUGCGCAUGGACACGUGGGUGACCUAG